AUGUCGCUGGAGGCUGUGAAGCAGCUUGCCAGCCAUGGCGCCUACGACGGAGAUGCGGCCCGGCAGCUCCGCACUUUGAGCAGCGUGGCCCUCGAGGAACUGUUGGCAGAGCUUCAAGGGCCACAGGGGCCGCAAGGGCCACAGGGGCCACGGCCAGUGUCUGGCGGACGGGGUGCGUGGGCUGUUCAAGCUGCCUCGCUUGCCUCGCUGGGCGAGCGCCUUGAGGAACUGGCGGUUUCGGCCUCCCACACCGUCGGAGUGCGUGCCCUGACGGCUCUGCUGAAGACGGACCCCCCGCGGCUCCUUCGCCUCCUCGGCCUGGGCCCCGUGGGCGCGGAGGGCGCGGCGGGGGUACCCGUGCUGAGCGCCGCGCGGCGGCGGGCGGGGCUGUCCGCGCUGGCGCGGCUGGGCAGUGGUGCCCUGGAAGGCGUCGUCACCGUCACCCCCGAGCUGCUCUCCGUGGUCUCCACUUCUUCCACAGCCACGGCGGCGCGGCUCUUGAAGGCGGCCAGCCCGGAAGUCAUCGAAAGCUGGUGGCCCAACGUGGCGGUGCCAUCUGCCACGGCCACCUCCAUUGCCGCGCGGCUGCCGCAGCUGACUCUUCAGCUGAUCGUCGACGUGCCCCAGCGGCGCUGGCAGCAGCAUGAGCUGCGAAAGGUGAUCUCGGUCUGCGCCGCCGCCCCGGCUGCUGCUCUCGGCUUCCUGGAGCGCUGCGCGGAGGACGCGGCCACUUACAAGAAGGCUUCAGCUGAGCCGCGGCUUUUCUUGUGGCUCUUCCAGGGCCUUUCGAAGAGAUCUCCCCAGGCUGGGUUGGAGGCGGUGUCCAAGCUCCCCAGCCUCGCCAGCAUCGACUUGGAAAACUGGGGCGCGGCCCUGCGCGCGGCGGCGCGAAAGUCGGACUCGUGGCCGCUGGCUUUCGAGGUCGCGACGAAGCUGGUCCAGGCAGAUGCGGGUCAAGACUUUGGCCCUCUCUUCCGCGCCUUCAAGCCCGAACGGCGGCUCUCGCAGGAGCAGCUGGCGAAGCUCUUCGCCCGGCUGGGCCCAGAACGGCUCGGGGCAUCCUUGGAAGCCCUUAAAGAGUGGAGCGACGACGCCGAGAUGGAGGCGGCGCUUACCGCCUUGGUCCGCGGCAGCCAAGUGCCGGCCUUCCUCUGGCGUCUGGAUCAGUGGACGCCGGAAGCUAGGAAGCUGCUGGCGCAGAAGUUCACGCAGAAGAAGCCUCGGGAAGUUGCUGGGGGUGGCCCGGAUCUCGACUUUCUCGACGCCUUAGCCUGGCUUCCCUACGCGGAUGUGGAGGCCGAGGUGAAGAAGCGCUGCAGCAGCUCCAACGCCAGCACGCGCGAGGCGGGGCUCCAGUGCCUGAUUCGCUGCGCAGGGAGGGGCGGGCCGGAGCCCAUCCAAGACGCCCUGAAGUUCUUCGAAGCCCGGCUCCGAAACGAGCAGGACAACGUGCGGGCGGCGGUCCUUCAGCACAUGGCCGAUGUUGUCCCCGCCCUGGCUUGGCAAGCCGUGCACGUCCCCUCCUUGAAGCAGCUGCUCACGGCCUCCAUGCAAGCCAAGGGGAGCAGCUCGCAGUCCCUGUCCGUGUGGCCGCUGCUCCUCGAGGCCUUGGUGGCCAACGGCGCGGUCUUGCGCACCGAAGCAAGCCUCGCCCCCUGCGGCACCUUUGGCCUCGAGGUGAAGUCGCAGCUGACCGCGGCGCGCCUGUGGGGCUGGGGCGACCUGGCCUUCGGAACGGCCGUACUCCGGCGGGUGGCGCUGGUGGAGCCGCAGCUGGCCUUCGUGGCCUUUCCGUGGCUCGUGGACUUCCUGCGGCAGCUGCCUAGUCUUCUGGAUCCACGGAAGAUCAACGAGGUGUGCGGAGUGCUGGUUCAGUGGGAAGGCAUCCGCCUGGACCUCCUGCGACGCCUGCCUCGCGACCGCCCUGCUGUGCCCAACAUUGCUUCUGCUUGUGCGCCACUUGAUGCGCUCGUGCGCGAGGCCUUCGCAGUGGCGGUGCAGGGCGUCCGGAGUCUCGACCAUGUGACAGCGACUGGAUCCCAGGUGGCUCUGCAGUCACUGCUCCUCCCGUGCUCCGCACGGCUCUGCCGCGAUUCCGAAGCCCUGCGCUGGGCGCAGGAGCAGGCGGUGCGGUGUCUCUGUCAACUCUGCAGCUCGUGGUGGCAGUCCUUCAUCGGCCGAAUGGGCAGCCCGAUGCUUCCCUGGCACACGACGGCGGCCCUGCAAUUUGUGGAGAGCCCCGAGGCUCGCCGCGUGCGGAGGCGGAAUGUGGCCCUCUUCGACGAGCUGGUGCAGGCUCUGUGCAGCAACUGGGACAACCUGGCCGAGUCGCAGAGGAUAGAGUGUGCCACGGCAAUGCUGCACAACCUGGGGCGUGCAUGCCGCUCCGCCCAUGAUGCGUCCGGCGUGGCCCCCUUGCUGCGCCGGCUUUGCGAUUGGCCACUCUCCUUGGAGGUGUCUGGCUCACCGGGCACGCAGAAGUAUCGGACGAGCUUGUGGGAGAUGAGGACGAAGAUCCGGCUGCGCAACCAGGCGGAGGAGCUGCUGACACAGCGGAAGCGAGAACGGGACGCCUUCCUGGAGCGCUGGCGGCACCAGGACCCGACUCAGCGCCUGGAGCUGCUCUGUACCUCGACGGUGCUGCUGAGGGCCUUGCAGCACAAGCCACAGGCCAUCCAGCUGCUGGUCACGGAAAGCGGCAAGCUGCAACAGCUCCGGCGCCUGGUGGCCGAUUGCGGCUUGCCCCUCCACUUCUUGGCGGAGGGAUGGGCGGGCCCGAAGCAGUUCUUCUCUUGGCCCGACGCGCUGCAGCGGUCCCUUGCCGACUGCUGGCUGGGCUUGCGUCCGGGUGCCUUGGGGGAGCUGGGCUCGGAGAUGGAGGCUUGGGAGGUGCAGCUGGGCCGCUGCAGGGUGCGCAUGGCCUUGCCGGCUCUGGGCGUGGAUGAGCUGAACCGGCUGAUGGAGUCGUGCGCCGCGGCCCUGAAGGACGAAGAUGAAACCACGGCUGCGGCCCUGACCCGGGGCCGCGCCGGGUGGUUGCUGGACCGGCUGAUCCCAGUGCUCGCUUGCUUCGACCGGCCCGGCGAGGUGGCCCUGGUGAUGUCUCAGCAGCUCGGGCAGGGCAGCUCCAAGCAGGCGGCGCGCAGCUUCCAGCGCCUGCUCCGUCGGCUCAGCCCCUCAGAGGCCCAGGUGGUCUUGAGAACGGCCUUGCAAAGCCACCUGAAGGUGGCGGAACGGGUGGCCCUGCUCCGAGACCUGAGUGAUCUUCACCUCUUCGAUGCCGAAGCCGGUGAUGGUGCUUUGGUUGGUCUCCUGGAGUCGCUGUACGACGGCCACCGCGAUGUGGGCGGGGCCGUGCUCGGGGCCCUCUGCAGGAUGGGCAGCACCUCCCUCCUGGCGAAAGUGAGCCAAGACGAGGGGUCCGUCUACCAGCUGCAGGUUCUUCUAGGGCAGCUGCAAGGCUUGCGUGGCCAGCAAGCCUGGGGCGACUGGGGGGAUGAGGUGGCGCGCAUUCUCACAACGCUUUGCCAGAGGCCUGGAUUGGAGGUGCAGGCCUUGCAGGCGCUCGCGUCCUGGGCGCGGUCAACGAAAUCAGGAGCUUGCGAUGCAGGCACCGUUGCCCAGGUUGCGGCCGCGUCGUCGCAGGCGCUGAGUUCCAGCAGUGACGACUUGUGGGAGCCCGCAGCACGCUGCUUGAUCUCUCUCGCGCAUCAAGAUUCGAGCCCGCUGCAGACCGUCUUCCUGCAGUUGAGCAGUGACACGGAUGUGUUGCGUGCUGCUGCCCGACUGAGGGUCUUGACGCAGGCGCUGGUGCGCAUGCAGGCCUCCGAGGAGGUGUCGCCCGCCUCGCUGGAGUCCCUGGUGGCCGCGGCCUUCCGGCAGCGCUCGCUGCUGGCGCUCCGCUUUGCCCUGGAGCUCUGGGCCUGCCGCCUCCGGUGGACCGAGCCAGGAGAGCUCCUGGAGGCCCUGCAGAACCUCCCGCCACUGGAUCCCUCCCUGCUACCGACACUGUUCAGCAGCUGCACCGCCUCGCUCUCCAGAAUUGGAGCUCAGGACCGGCCGGCCCUGCGCGAGGCCGCGCGCGGGCUGCUGCAGGCGAAGACGGAGCCGGCCCUGGCGAUGCUCAUGGCCCUGGUGAAGGUGCUGCUGAGGACAGAAGGGGCACCCACACCACGCAGAGAUGCCGACAACUCCGAGGAGUCGGACUCUGCCUCCGAAGGUUCCUCCGGACCCUCCGAGGGACCCUCCGGACCCCCCGAGGUUCCGAAGGAGGGAAGUGACCGAAGCGAGUUCCUGGAGCCCUUGGGGCUCUUGUGUCGGAGCGCCUCGAGCAGCUUGCAGCUGCUGCUCGCCGACCUGCUCUGA